AUGAGUUUGAGGAUCUUCUCGCUCGAGGAGGAUUUCUUCGAGCUGCGGGGUUUGUCGCUCGAGGAAGAUUUUCUCGAGCGGCGUGGUGCGGACGGAGGGGGGCUCUCGUCCUUUCUUGGCGGAGGGGAUCGUUGCGGCGAAGUCGAUCUUCGCGGCGAGACGGAUCUCUGUGGCGAGAAAGAUGGGUUUCUUGUAGGGACAGGCUUGUCCCUACCUUCAGCGGGUAGCGACUUGUCUAUCGUGCUGGUAGACUGUCGCUUAAGUUUUCUUCUGAGGGAGACGGGCUCCCGGUGGGAGUGUUCUCUUUCGAGUUCGCCAUCGUUGCUAGUUCGUGAAAAUCUAGAUAUCUUCGAGAUGAAUAGCGAGAAGCGUUUCCAGCCCCACGGUGGGCGCCAAUUGUUGAAUCCGAGAUAG